GUAUCGGUCUGCACUUUUCAAUGAAUCGUAUUAUAUAUCCGACGGCUCAACUAUGUGGUUCGAAUACGACCCGUCAUGGAAAGAAACGGAAACAGAGAUCGACACACAUACCGAAGCACAACUGCGGAAGUUUGGGCGUUUUGGAUACAUGGAGUCAUGGGAAUACCUGAUGAUCAACACGUACGAUGUGCACUUUUACGCAAGUUGGGCUUUGCUCAAAAACUGGCCAAUGCUGGAGCUAUCUUUGCAAUUGGACUUCUGUGAUCAGUUGGGUCGUAAGGAUACCACAAAAGCGACUAGUUUGUGUGAAGGAACGAAAAUGGAAUUGAAGACGAUUUCUCGUAUACCUCAUGAUAUGGGACACCCUCAUGGCGAACCAUGGAUGCAGACGAACGCUUACAUUCUGCACGAUACGGCAAUAUGGCGAGAUCUAAACCUCAAGUUCGUACUUUCCUGCUGGAGAGAUUAUAAAUUAAUAGUGGAGAAGUUUUUUGAACCUCAAGAAGCGAAAGAAAUUCUUCGAUACUUUUACACUCAAAGCGAGGUCGUUAUCCGUAAUGCUGCCUACUGUGGUUCUCUUUGGUUGGCAUCGCUUAGUUCCAUAUUGUCGAUGGCUAGAGAACUCGGCCACGAAGACGCCAUACAACGCUUCGAGGACAUGCUGGACCAAGCAAAAGUUGCAUUUGUGAAGAAACUAUGGAAUGGAAGCUAUUUCAAUUUCGACGAAUUGUCAUCAGAUCAAGGAGUUAUUAUGGCCGAUCAGUUAUGUGGUGUAUGGUUCCAGACAAUGAUGGGAGGAGAAGAACUCAUUUCUGAUACUCAGGUCCUGUCCACGUUGGAUACUAUCUAUACACACAACGUCAAGAUGUUUGCUUCGGGAAAUAUGGGUCCAGUGAACGGAAUGUUUGAAGAUGGUGUAGUCGACAUAUCGAGUAUUCAAAGUGAAGAGGGAAAGCAGCAGGAAGGUUUCCACACGGCGCGAGGAAUUUUCGAAACAUGCUGGAAUCGUGCAGGGCUCCAGUACCAAACACCCGAGGCAAUUUAUGAGAAAAAGCAUUAUCGAGCCAUUGGCUACAUGCGUCCUCUAGCUAUUUGGGCGAUGCAUCACGCUCUUGAAAUGAAGUCCGUUCGAUGA